AUGCCCUUAUGGUACCUUUGCUUAUCGAAGGAUGCCAUUUGGGCUGUGCAAUGCCCAGCUACUUUCCAGAGAUGCAUGACCUCCAUUUUUUCAGAUCUGAUAGAGGAGAUGGUAGAAGUCUUCAUGGACGAUUUCUCAGUCUAUGGAGCAUCCUUCUCCUCAUGUUUGUCAAACUUGUGCAGGGUGUUGCAGAGGUGUGAGGAGACAAAUCUAGUACUCAACUGGGAGAAGUGCCACUUCAUGGUUCGAGAAGGGAUUGUGCUUGGACACAAGAUUUCCGAGAAAGGGAUCGAGCUCGAUCGAGCUAAGGUGGAUGUCAUGUUGCAGCUUCCUGUUCCCAAGACUGUGAAGGACAUCAGGAGUUUUCUGGGUCAUGCAGGGUUCUACAGGAGAUUCAUCAAGGAUUGUAGACAAGAAGGGAGUGGAGAAUGGAGUUGA